UCAGGACUUGAUGAAUGACUGUCAGCGGCUGAGUGAGCGGGGCGAGUGUGAUAUCAACCCGGCUUUUAUGAAUGUCAAUUGUCCAAACAGCUGCAAGACUUGUCCUCCUGCACGACCCGAAGACUGUGUUGACCGCCACGACACCUGCUUCCUGGGUUCUCUGCUGGGCCUCUGCAGGACGCGGCCUUCCUUCUACCUCAUCUUCUGUGGCGACUCCUGCAGGAAGUUCAUACCGGCUUGUGGAGGCGUUCCGCCAAGUCUGAUCGGGGAAGUGUGUCGCGCUCGCUCCGGCGGGGAUGAUUUUGACUGUGGUAAGGACCCUACGCUACAAAACGUACUUCGAAGUGAACCGCCUUCCUCCAAGGAAACCAACGCAGCAUCAGCUUUACUCAGAGACCUCGCAAGCAAUAUCAGAGUUACCAGGCCGUCAGCGUUUCGCGUAGAAGGUCGAGCUCAGUGCGAUAUUGUAGUGGGAACAAGUAUACCAAGUGUUGCUGAAAUGAUGAUGCCUGAAGUCAUGAAUUCAAACACAACAGACAUAAGAUUGGAGGCGCGCCAAGUCGGCGGCCUUCCCUUGAGUCAUGGACUAAAAGUGAUACGACAUAUUCUGCAAAUGGUGCUAUCGAGAAAUCAGAAAGAGAAGAUAAACGUAAGUGAAUACGCGAAGGCCGUCAAUACUGGCAUCAAACACAGAAUCCGCAGGCAAGCGACAGAUCCUGCCUGCAGUAACAUGACCAUGAUGGACGUUUGUCUGACGACCGUUCGUCUGGGAGGCGUCUUGUCGUUCAACGUCUGCGAAGCAAUGCUCUUCACCCUGCCUCUGCUCGUUGCCAUACCCGUGGCCUUCGGUAUAGCCAGUGUUCUAUCGCCUUCCGUGUCGCCCCCUCCUAUUUCACCUCCUCCCACUCCUUCUCCUCUUCGAGACAUCCCCUCCCCUUUUCUUACCCCCCCUCCUUCUCCUCCGUCUCCGCCUCCCUCGCCACCCUCCCCUCCAGCCCCCCCUCCGCUGCCGCCUCCUCCGGAAGCGGUCCGAGCUAUCAUCCCCUUCUGCUCCGGCUCCGGCUACCUGGAUCUCGUGCAGCGGCUGCGAAAGCUCGUCGGCCGCAACAACGGGCGUCCCUUGAAUCCAGUGGCCGCGUCCCUCGCCGUCGCCGUCAACUAUUGCAAGUUCGGUUUAGGAGUGCGUCCCGUCGUGCCUCCCGCGCCGUCCUCUCCCGCCGUUGCCCGCUCUUAUAUCAGUAACGGCAACGCCCAGCCGCCCAUCUUUCUGGACGACCAAGAGGCCCAAGUGGCUAAAACGCCUCCCAAGCGAUGGCCAGGGAUUAGUCAUCCUUCCCUCCACUUCUUCCAAGGGACCAACAGACCACCCCCACCCCCUUCAUCUACUCCGCCCCCAACUCUUCCGCCGUCCUCAACUCUCCCCCCUCCCCCAGAUUCUCCCACGCCCCCACCCUCCCCCCAACCGCCGCCCAGCACGACCCCUGCCAACCCGACAGAAGCCCCAGACGCCGACGUGUCCCCAGACACCGAAGAAGCUCCAGCAGAAGCCCCAGGCCCUAGACCGGUGACUGAGGACACGCUACGUAGCCGCAGUUCCUUCUCGUGCGGCGGGGCCCUUGUGUCUCCGUACCACGUGCUGACUGCGGCCCACUGCCUCCUCGACCAGCGGGUGACUGAAGACGGCAAACCCAGGUUCCUCAAGCCGUCCGUGGUUCGGCUGGGAGAGGUUGACUUCGAUCGCGUGGACGAGAGCCAGGCCUUUGACUACGACGUGGCGGCCGUUCGGGUGCACGAAGAUUAUGUUCUUCCCGUGAGGUACAAUGACAUCGCUAUCAUCACGCUGAAACAGAAGGUGGAGUUCACGGCAGCGAUGCGCCCGUACUGCCUGCCUCGGCGAGAUCUCCAGCUGGACGGCCGCGUGUGUACUGUGUCUGGCUGGGGAAGGACGUCGAGUAAUGACUUAGUUUCGACGAUCUUACACAAUGUGGAAGUGGAAGUCCUGCCGCAGGUGGAGUGCGCGCAGACGUAUUCCUCCGCGGGCGACAUCUUCACCACCGACUACCCUGAGGGCUUCACGGACACACUCCUCUGCGCAGGGAAGCUCGCUGACGUCUGCAGGGGCGACUCAGGAGGUCCACUUGUCUUGACGGAGUUUAGGACCAUGCAUACCGUGGGCGUAGUGAGCACAGGGUACGGGUGUGGAGACGCAAAGUUCCCAGGUAUCUACACCCGCGUGGACCAGUAUACACAGUGGAUAAACGACGAACUCUAUGGCGGAUGUGAAGGUUAGGUGUUGCAAGAUCCUCCUCGAAAAUAAGGAGAAAGGUAGCCGAAAAUAGAUGUUUAUCGGAUGUUACGACUGAAUCAUAUGAACCUGUAUCUUUCAUGAUUUUUUGUAUUUCAGUAAAUACCAUUAACUAAUAAAGGCAAAGUAAUGUUCCCGAGAAAUAAAAAUUUUAUUGAGACUAUGCACAUCUGGCAUGGCAUUUCAGUUUUAAUAAUCGAGUUUUAAAUUCUCGAAAAAUAAUAAUGUGAAUAAACGUUUUCAAAAUACCGUUGGUCACUAUAAAUAGUCACAGUAAUUGAGAAUGAAAUUUCAAAAUCAUAAAUUUGAUUAAAUAUCUCUAUCACUCUAGUCAUUCAGGUGUCUAUUAGUAAUAACAUGUAUUCAUUAUUCAGUUGAUAUUCUUUUUCCGUAAAUGCCGAAUAAGCAUUCUACAGCACAG